UGACAAUUUUCAUGACUAAACCCAUGACUCACAUAUGACGCCGACGUCGGCAGAACCAAAUGAAAAUGCACAAUUUGGUUGACGACAUUUAGUUGUGUACAACAUGAUAGUUGAAGAUAUUAACUCCUGAAACUAAAGAAUGCAUUUUUAGUAAAGUUCGCUUUCCAGCCAGUCGUGACUUUAAAAAGUAAAAAACAUGAAUGCAACUAAACGAGACCAGGCGAUGGAUGAUGUAGGCGAUGACGAACAGCCUCUAUAUAAAAUCAGGUGCAUAAAGUUCGAAGAAGAGGAGGACCAACUCCAGGAGGCGGACCCUUUGAUAUCGCAAUCGACUGAAGAAAGUAUUAUCAAUGUUCUUAAAGAAAUUUCCGAAGAGAAUAAACGACUACGAGAGCAAGUUGAGCUCCUGUCUAGAAAGCUCGAUGUAAUGUCGGACAAAUUGUCAGAGGCAACCGCUUUUAUGAAGACCCAGACCCAGGUAGAAAAUGAGACAGAGGAUAUAAAAUUCCCAUUAAAAACGGUAAUGGAGCUGGAGUACCUUGACUCCCUAAUAACAACUACGGAGCUGUCGGAUUUCUAUACUAGAAAGGUAUGGAGCUUAAUUGCAACUGGGUCAUUAUCAAAAAGCAUAAAGAACGUGAUGGACGAGGGCCUGAUUUUUAUUUUUAAUUUGGACGGAACAGCUGGCAAGAUGGCCUUAAAGGGAUUCAAAAAGUUUUACACUAUCCUGGAAAUGGCGACGCGAAUGAAGAGCCCUGGUGACUGCGCCGAAAAGGCUCUCCGAAAGGCAAUACAAAAUGUUAAAAAUAAUAGUUUCCAAAAAAAUUCAAGAGCCAGGAAGAUACGAGUACUCACUAAUGGACCUGCCACCCACGAUGGUCCAGGAACUCCUCCCUGUUAAAUUAGCCAAUUUAUUUUGUGGCUGAUCGUAAGAACAGUCACCGUCACCCCUACCUAUGUAUAAUUAUGUAUGAACCUGAGCAGGAUGUCGCAGUUCCAGGGACUCGGGUAAUGUGAAAUCGUAAAACAUUUUAAAACGACAAUUGUCAAUAUCUAUUAUCCGUGUAAAUGUGUGUACAUAGUUGAGCAUAUGCACGUUCUAUAUGGCCAUUCUGCGGAAAAAGAAAUUUUGUUAUCGUUUUGCCCCAUACUGUUGUUCCUCUACUUCGUAUAUCGUGAUUCGAAAUUCCUUAAUUAUACAGAAAUGUAAACUGCGUAUUAAAUAAAAGUCAGAAAUCUUUA